UCCUCAAUUUCAUCCAAAUCGUAGUCCUUGUAGGAGACAGAGGUUGAAGCGGCUCUUUUCUUCCUACCACUAGCCAAAGUCUUAUGGGCGGGCUGAUCAUCCUUAUCAGGUACAAACUCAUCAUUAGCAUCGCAUCGAGAAUGACCAACAGAAACGUCCUUGCCAAAAGCUUGCUUAUCUGCUAGACGUUUUGACUUUUUGAUCGUGGGAGUAUUAGAUCCAGUAGCCUUGUAUACCUUCUUUUUUAAUACUGAUUUAUAUCCCUUUGCCACGCCUUCAGGGUUGGAUUUCGCCUUGGGUUUUCUACCCCUGCGGCCCUUCUCUCGUAAAGGUACUUCCACGGGUACUUCCACGGGUACUUCCACAGGUAAUUCCACAGGUACUUCGGUAAAAGGUGCUACAGUGGGUUCUACAGUGGGUUCUACAGCGGGUUCUACAGCGGGUUCUACAGUGGGUGCUACAGUGGGUGCUACAGUGGGUUCUACAGUGGGUGCUAUAGUGGGUUCUACAGUGGGUGCUAUAGUGGGUUCUACAGUGGGUGCUUUACCAGAUGAUUGGCCUGGGUUGUACACAGGUUUUUCAGAAGAAAUUCCAGUGACCUGUUUGACGGCAAGGCUUUCGGCAGUAGGAUGACCGGUAAUCUUUUCGGCAGCAGACUUAGCAUCAAUAUCACCAGCAGCAGACUUGGCAUAGAUCUUAUCAACACCGAUCUCAACAUUCUUUUUUGAAGGCGAUUCGGUAGACACACCAUCAUCCAGAUCGAGACACGCUUCAGCAACCUGUUCAACAGGCUCAGUUAAAGUUGUUUUUCCUGGGAUACUAAAAUCCAUGUCCAUAAGAAGAGAUGCAGCACGGCCAGAUGAAACCUUCUUUUUUUUUGAUUUGGCAGGUGCAGGAAGCUCAAAAGGAUUUCUGCCUGGAGUUGGAGUAGCAGCGCCAAAGACAUUUAGACCCCCAGAUGAAAAUAAGCCGGACAUCAUGGAGUCAACUUCUGCAUCAGCAGUAUGAUGAGCGGAUGCUCUAGGCUCAGAAUGAGCAGCUGGAUCUGGCUCAGAAUGAG